AUGGACAAGUUUAGGCCCCCAUGGAUGCGGUCUAAGUGGCCCAAGGAGAAGAAAGCCCGAUCAGAUGCUCAUCUAACACAAAUUGGAGGGAGCGGGUAUGUGUCUGCCGCGGAGAACGAGUCGGAGCAUAUCGCUCCCUCAAAUUCUCGAGGAUCCCUGUCUUUGGAUGGAUUUCUCAAGCGCCUUGGUCGAAGCAGAGAACCUUCCCCCCAUCCAGGUCCAGAGGAGUCUGCUCAGAUCCCAUUACCCCACGCUGCCUCUGCCACCGAAGCAAACCUUCAACGUGACGCUGACUCACUUGACCGCAUCGCCAUCAAAGGGGCAAUUACACAAGCUGCUGCCGACGUCGAGGGCAUCAAGCAAUCUAAUAUCGCUGCGACAGUUGUAACGGCAAUUGAUAAUGCUGGAUUGAUGCUGGAUACCAUUGAUCCUCUCGUUGCACCACUCGCAGCGCUUAGGGCGUUUAAUUUGGUGGUGAAUGCCAUCGCAAAGGUUCAUCCAUACGCGCAGAUAGCGCUCGUCAUAUUCAAAGGCGCAUCCAAGAUGAUUCUUAAUCAGAUCAAUCUGGACACAGCUGUUCGUUCACUACUUUCUAAAGUGUCAGAAGUUUAUGGGUUUGUCACAGAAACACAAUAUUGGAGUCCCAUGCCCGCCACGCAAGCGUUGGUGUUAGAAAGGCUGUCACGUCAAGUGAUGGAUUGUGUCAACUUCAUCGUUCGUUACGUGGAGACGAAAAAUUUCUGGAUGAGGACGAGUAGAAAUGUACUGGGAGAUACAAAUACAGCGAUUGAAGGCUAUAGUCGGGCUAUUGACAAUCUCAUGCAGCAGUUUCGAGACAAUGUCAUCCGUGAUGUUGCCAUCUUCACAUGUAGAGCCGCUGAGGAUUUGGAUCUCAGUGGUCUGGAGUAUGCAGGGGGUGUCGGGCGAAAUACAUUGAAGCAGUGCCUUCCUGACACUCGGAAAGCGAUCCUCUCCGAGAUCCAAGACUGGGUUAUCGAUACUGCGUCAAAUGCACAGCAAAUUUUCUGGCUAUCCGGCAUGGCUGGGACAGGUAAAUCAACGGUCGCACACACCAUAGCUGGCUGGUCCGAUGAACAUGGAAGUCUCGGGUCGUGUUUUUGCUUUGAUCAAACCCGGAAGGGAGAACGGCUUUCUCAAAAACUGUUUACGACUAUCGCGCGCGACUUGGCGGACCACAAUCCGCUUGUACGCAGGGCGCUGGCGAGUGUUAUCCAAGACAACAACGAGCUCAAGCACACCGUCGACAUCAGAAGGCAAUGGAUCCAGCUUCUCCUUGGCCCAAUCAACGUGGCGUCAGAAGCUAUUGAAGCUCCCAUCCUAGUCAUUAUCGAUGCAUUGGACGAAAGUGGCGAGAGCGAUACCCGUGAACAAAUCCUUCAUCUGCUGACAGGGAGACAGGAUGUCUCUUCCCAGCCUUUGGUUUGCAUGCCCCCGAAUAUACGUAUUCUGGUCACAUCCCGCCCUCUCGAAGACAUUCAUGGUGCUCUGCAUGGCCUGUCGCACAUUCGGCACGUUAGUUUGGACGAACCGCCUUGGUCGGAUACCGUUGACUAUGAUAUUGAAUGCUAUUUCUCGAGCAGGCUGAAAGAGCUGCAGUUCGAUGGAGAUGACUGCAGAGCACUUGCGAAGCGAGCUAAUGGCCUCUUCGAAUGGUCUCGUUUAGCAUGCGAAUAUAUCAAAGGCAGGAACACAGUGCGCCAGAAACCCAAGGCCCGUUUCAAGAGUGUGGUUUCCGAUGAGCCAACGAAGAGGACAACACUAUUGGAUUCUAUGUACAAGCGCAUCUUGGCAGACGUUAUACUAGAGGAUGAACGAAAGGACGCCAUUCCGAUGUUUUGCACUGUGAUGGGCUUGAUUGUUACCAUGCUGGAACCGCUUUCGAGGACUGUCCUGAACACGAUUCAGCGUUAUUCACCAUGCAUUGAUGGCAUUGACCAAGAGCAGCAGGACAUCGACGUUGAAUUCAUCCUCACUCCUUUGGGCGCACUACUCACUGGCGUCACAGAUACUCAAAUACCUAUACGGCCUCUUCACGCAUCCUUUUAUGAUUUCUUGACGGACAGGGAUCGAAGUGGUGACUUCUUUGUCGGGGAAUCAGCUGUACAUCACUACAGGCUGGCUACUGCAUGUCUGCGUCUCAUGAAAGUCCAACUCCGCUUCAACAUCUGCCAUCUAGAGAGCUCCUACCUCCCCAACUCGUCUGUCAUUGACCUGCAGAAACGCAUAAAAGAGUCUAUUAUGCCUGAGUUACAAUAUUCAUCUCGAUUCUGGAUUACUCAUGUUACGGCCGCAUCCUUCCACUCAUCGCUGGCAGACGAAGUGCAUUACUUGCUCGAUGGUGAGCGGAUGCUCUACUGGCUUGAAGUUCUCUGUCUUUUAAAGAGCCUCAGUGGUCCUGCUUCGAUGCUGUCUACAUUAUGGUCUUGGUCUCAGAAGGAUCACAAUUACACACAACUCAAGGCAGCCGUUGCCGACACCGAACGAUUCAUUCGCAUGUUUGCUGCGCCAAUGUUGUAUAGCACACCGCAUCUUUAUCUGUCUGCUCUCCCUUUUGCUCCAGCUCUAUCUCGUAUUUCAGCACGCUGUGCUAAAUUUACUAGAGGUAUCACAGUGGCUACUGGGGGGAUGAAUGAAUGGUCAUCUUUCCAGAGUACCCUUCAAGGACACACAUCCAAUGUUACGUCUGUUACAUUCUCAUGCGAUGGCCGACAUAUUAUAUCUGGAUCGGAUGACCAAACAAUCUGUGUGUGGGAUAUGGAGACCGGACAGCAAUUGUGCUCCCCUCUCGAAGGGCAUGCAGGUCCUGUCAUAUCUGUCGCAAUCUCACAAGACGGCCGACACAUCGCAUCCGGAUCGCAUGACAAGACGGUCCGUGUGUGGGAUAUGAAGACCGGACAACAAUUGGGAUCCCCUCUCGAGGGGCACACAGGACCUGUCAGCUCUGUCGCAAUCUCGCACGAUGGCCGACAAAUCGUAUCCGGAUCGCGUGACAAUACGAUCCGUGUAUGGGAUAUGGUGACCAGGCAGGAAUUGGGCUCCCCUCUCGAGGGGCAUACAGGACCUGUCAUGUCUGUCGCAAUCUCGUAUGAUGGCCGACGCAUCAUAUCCGGAUCGCUUGACAAGACGAUCCGCGUGUGGGAUAUGGAGGCUGGACAGCAACUGGGUUCCCCUCUCCAAGAACAUACAGGUGGAGUCUGGUCCGUUGCGAUCUCAUACGAUGGCCGACGUAUUGUCUCCGGGUCGCACGACAAGACGAUUCGUGUCUGGGAUAUGGAUACAGGGAAGCAACUGAGCUCCCCUCUGGAGGGGCAUACAGAACCUGUUGGAUCUGUCGCAAUCUCGCACGAUGGCCGAUACAUUGUAUCCGGGUCGGAUGACAACACAAUCCGCGUGUGGGAUAUGCAGACUGGGCAGCAAUUGGGUUCCCCGCUCGAAGGGCAUGCAGGGUCUGUCUGGUCUGUCGCAAUCUCGCACGAUGGCCGACACAUCGUAUCCGGAUCGUAUGACAACACGGUCCGUGUGUGGGACAUGAAGACUGGACAGCAAUCGGACUCUCCUCUUGAGGGGCGUACAGGAUCUGUCAUGUCUGUGGCAAUCUCAUACGAUGGUCGGUGCAUCGUAUCAGGGACGGAUGACAAGACGAUUCGUGUAUGGGAUAUGGAGACUGGACAGCAACUGGGCUACUCUCUUAAGGGGCAUACAGGACCUGUCGGGUCUGUCGCAAUCUCGCACGAUGGCCGACGCAUCGUAUCCGGCUCGCGUGACAACACGGUCCGUGUGUGGGAUAUGGAGGUUGGACAAUUGGGCUCCCCUCUAAAAGGACAUACAGGACCUGUCAGCUUCGUGGCAGUUUCGUAUGAUGACCGACACAUCGUAUCCGGAUCCUAUGACAAGACGAUCUGUGUGUGGGAUAUGGAGACUGUACAGCAAUUGGGCUCCCCUCUUAAGGGGCAUACAUCCACUGUUAGGUCUGUCGCAAUCUCGCACGACGGCCGACACAUCGUAUCCGGAUCGGAUGACAAAACAAUCCGCGUGUGGAGUGUGGAGACUAGACAGCAAUUGGGUUGUCCUCUAGAGGGGCAUUCAGGGCUCAUUUUGUCUGUUGCGAUCUCACACGAUGGUCAACGCAUCGUAUCCGGAUCGAGUGAUGGGACGAUCCGUAUGUGGGAUAUAGAGACUAGGCAGCAAGUAGGCUCCACUCUCGAGGGGCAUACAGGAAUCAUCUCGUCUGUUGCAAUCUCGCACGAUGACCGAUGCAUCGUAUCCGGAUCGUAUGACAAGACAAUCCGUGUGUGGGAUAUGAAGACCGAGCAGCAAUUGGGCUCUCCUCUCGAGGGUCAUACAGGGCCUGUCUUGUCAGUUGCAAUCUCGCACGAUGGCCGACGUAUCGUAUCCGGAUCCUAUGACAACGUGAUCCGUGUAUGGGACGCGGAGCCUGAGCUACAACUAAUAGGACCAUUUCUGGAGGAGCAUACGGGAGUUGUUAACUCUAUCGCGCAUGAUGCCCAAUGCGCCAUGUCUGAUUCUGUUGGCGAGACGAUUCAGGCUCAGGGUAAGAGGAGCACUACACUUGUGCAGAAUUCCACGGCUGUCUCGCCGGUAGUGUUCCCCGGCCAUCGCGGAAUAUGUUUCUCGUUGAAUCUUGCCCACAGUCUUGGUUCUCCUGCCUCAUUUCUGCAGGGCUCUCCACCACCUUCGUUAUUCCCUAAUGAUGCUGGUUGGUUGAUUGGCCCCGAAGGCCGACUCUUAUUCUGGGUCCCACCUCACCUUCAGCGUACCAUGCACACACCAGUCACCACCAUGGUUAUACCUUCAAGUGGCUUGCAACUUGAUUUAAGUAAUUUUGCUCAUGGAGAGUUGUGGCAGGAUUGUCGUAGCCGAGACUGA